UAUGCGGAAAUUCUUUUUUUUUUUUAAACACAAAAAUUCUUGUGACGUCAAGCUCGCUCUUAUAUUGAGUGAAACACCCGUGAAGCAGAAGCAAAAUGGUCUGUACUAAUUGUAACUGACAUGAUGAAAAGAAAUCAGACAAGAAAAUCUUCUUCAGAAAUUGUGUUUGUUGACACUACUUCUUCUUGUGAAUGUCCAUUGUUGACACUACUUCUUCUUCUGAAUGUCCAACAUGUUUUGGGGGAUAUCAGGAACCGGAAGUUUUCAUGUUAGAUGAUUCCAGUCAAGAAAAAAUUGGCUUAAGUUCUGUAUGGCCGACAGCGAAAAUGCUAUUAUGCUAUUUUCAUGUUUUACAAGCGCAAUGGCGUGGGUUACUUCAAAAAGUUGUAAAAAUAGAUUAUGUAUGCAGAUACAUCAGCAAAACUAGAAUUAUCAUUAAAGGAAUUAAAGGGGAUAGAAUAAUCACACCCAAAAUUUUACAAGAGAGUUACAGAUUAUUAUGAGCAGAGAAAAUUUGAGUUUGUCAUGCUUUUCAGAAAAGACCUAAUUAUUAGAAACCAUAACACAAAUAACUUUAGUGAAGCAACUAUUAGAAUUCUAAAAGACAUUAUUUUAAGCAUUUAAUGUUGCAGCUCUUGUAAAUUACACUGUUAAUGUUUGGGAUAAUUAUUAUAGGAACCGUCUUCUCAAUUCAGCUUAUAACCGUUGCUCUUCAUAUGAAAUGUUUUACAACAAGUUAUGUCAAAAAUCUGACAAGAUAACUAUUGAAUCUAUUGAAUUGUUAGAGGGUAACAACUUUAGUGUUCCAAGUUUUAAAAAUUCUAAUGAUAAGUAUAUAGUAAAUAGUGAUGUUGGAUAUUGUUCAUGCAUUAGUGGUCGCCAGGGAGGAUUUUGUAAACACAUGGCUGCAAUACACAAACUGUUUAAAAUUAGUUUUCCCUGUGCCCCACCAAUAACAUCUGAUGACAGAUAUGAACUUGGAAAACUUGCACUGGGGCUAAAGUGCCCCAAGCCGGAAUUUUUUCUUAAUUUGAGAGAUAUCAAUGAAGGGGAAAAUGAAACAAUUUCAACUCCAAUAGUUGAAAAUCAGGAAAGUAGUUUGAAUUCUAUCAACGAAAAUGAUGUACACAUUUUAUCUUUAAAAUCAAAUGAAGAAAAAAUUGCUUCUGAAAAAUUUGAAUCAAUAGAUUAUGAGUGUGAGGAAGCUUUAUCUGAAUUUAGAAGACUGUUAGAUUUAGCCAAAAUAGAUCCAGAAUCAAAAAAAAUUAUUAACAGCGUAAAACUGAGUCUGAAAAAUAUAAAUACUACAGGAGGUGCUUUGGCUAUGCUUUUAUCAUUAAAAACAUCAGUACAUUCGAAUAAAAGAAAUGGGAAAAUUAAAACACAGCCAACUGCAGGUGCAAGACGAAGAAAAGGUCUGUCACAUGGUAGUAGAACAGUGCCAAUGGGAAGACCCACUAAAAUCGAAAUCCAGAAACGAUUUAAAGUUAAGCGACCUAGAGAUUUGAAACAAGCUGUUUCACAAAAUGUUGCUAACGCAAAAAGUCAUUAAUGUUGACUUAUUCCCUCUUAUUUUCUUACUCUAUUUACACUACAUGCUUUUAAAGUUCACUUUUCCAAUCUUUUG